AUGAUAAACACUUCUGAUAUUGCCACACAAAACUAUUUCAAUGAUCAUUCCAUGUCAUUGAAAAUUCAAUCGAUUUCGAAUAGUAAUUUCAUCUUGCUUUCCUUCAUGAUGAGCAUGUACUUGCUGACAGUUGGCUACUAUUUAAUCUUGCUGACAGAAUGGUUCAUCCAUAAACUCGUAGCUAAAAGACAUUCUCUGUAUAAUAACAAUAACUGUGUUGAUGACAAUUCGCCAACAAUGAUCAAAAACCAACAAGACGAUAGUAAUAAUAAUAAUUCUGUAAUAUAUACAACAACAACCAACAACGAGUCAUCACAACAACAAUUAAUUAAUUCAGAAUGUACAUUAUCCGAGACACCAGAAAAUACAAAUUCAAAUAAUAAUCAACACGAAAAUGAUGAAAGCCUUGCUUCUUAUAUUCAUCCAGAUCUUUCUCCAUCAUCAGUAACUUCAACCUCCGAGAGUAUUUUCACCUCCAAACCAGCCACAGAGACUGUGCAAGCCGAAUCUCUGCUCACCAUCUUUAAAGAAUUGGUUCAAAGAGUCAUUGAUAUUGAAAAGGAGUGGACAAGAAUAAUUUCUUCCCAAUUGGAGAAUAGCAAAUUGGUUUACUAUCAUGAUAGUUCUGAUUCAUCGUUGUGUUGUUCGAACUCUUCAUCCUCCUCUUCUGAUGACUAUUGUUAUGAGAGUGGUAGAACAACUUUCCAGAAUGUGAGAAUGAGAAGAACAGCCAAAUCACCAACCAUGAAACGAAUGAAUUCCUUCCAAUUUCCUCGUGGUAUCAACUUUGCUCUGUAA